AUGUACUCUCUUCUCUCUCUUUCUCUUUGUCCUGUUGAUGGCCUGUGCGUCGGGAACAAACUCGUGGACGUCGGCGGUCGAGAGCCGGCGUCGGCGCCUGCCACAGCACUCGGGCUCCGAGUCAACGUGCCAACCUUGAGCUUGAGCUUCAAGAACGUCGACCAAGUUCAACUUCCCCGCAUCUCGCCAAUCUCGUGGUCCUACGAAAGGAAUUGCGGCUCCAUCGACGUUCUCGCCGAAGGCGAAAGAAUCGUCCACAGAAUCACUGAUGAGUUUGCCAGCAGAUUCAGCGAUCACGUCGCCAACAGGAUCGCCGAGGGUCCCGCCACGGGUGCCGUCCCCGGCUCUGGCUCGCUCGUUCGCCGCUCAACAGCCAUGGGUCCUGCGCACAUGGAUGUAUCCUUCCAGCUCAGAGGACAGAACCGGAUUCCAGGGCCAUGAAAUCGAGUGGUCCCCAUUGAGGGACUUUUUCCUGAGCCCAAGCCCCAGUCGCGAUCGUACCGCGGCGGACUCGGGCCAGAUUGAGUCAACGAUGAAUCAGAGCCUGGCGCCGAGAAUCACGUGGCAUUUAGGUGAUCCGAACUUGGUGAGCAUCUCUUCCAAUGCAGUGUUGCUCCUACUCUUGUUCGAGGUUCCUGAUCUACGCGCGAUCUGGAUCGGACAGGAACCACAAGGAAGACUUGUGAAAACUCCUCUUCGCCAAGAUCGCGAAGCCUACGAUCCCAACGAGUUUCCGGAUUUCGUCGUGCUGUCGCGACAGGCCUUCGACGCCAAUCCCGAACUCGCUUCGGCUUGGGCCCAAGAUCACGUCGACCCUGAAAAAGACGAUUUCCGCAACUGGGAACAAGUGGCCGCGAUUGGUGUACUGGGUGGCAAGAAGGAAUGCCAAGACCCCACCUUGGAUUCGGCGUGGGUCUACCCGGCCACGCGAGUGAAGCAUCACCUGCGCAAGCUCGCUGCCGAGUCACCGAUCCGCUCUCACACGUUCGGCUUCACGCUCGACGGCUCGAUCUUGACCCUCUACCUUCACACCCCUUCUGGUCUGCUCUACUCGUCCGACAUCGAAUGCACCGAAUCGAAUGGACACCUCUCGAUGUUUAUCAUGCGUCUGCUCAGCUUGGAUGAUCUUCAUCUCGGCAAGAUCGCCUCGCCUGGGGAGCCCGACGGCCCACCUCUGCCGUUCCCGGUCGCCGCGCUGCCGCCGCGAGUGCCAGUUUUCGCUCAUCACCUCGGGGACGAGCCGACGAUGGACUCGGUCGAAAUCGCGCAAACGGUGUUUUGUAGCGGCGCAGUCCUCGGGUUGCAGACGUCGGCGUCGCGAGUUCGUGCGACACGGAUGGGUGUCAACGGCGAACAGGAGUAUGCGAUGACCGUCUCGUUCGUGGAAGAGGCUCGUUGCGACGAACACGAUCGGAUCCGGCUGCUGAUUGCCUCGGCAUCGCCUCAGGAGCGCGAAGGUCUCACGAACUUUGUGGAUGUGCAUCGAGAGGUGAAUUUCAGCACUGUCCCGCACUUCCUCAACGGCCAUUCUGACGCCGACAGCGCCGCGCUCAAGCCGAGGGCGAUGGAGGUGGCUUUUCAGGAGCGCUGCUUCGAGACAAUUUGGACCGUGGACUCGACCGAGGCGCUCAUUCGAGUCGUGCUUGGCGUGGUGAAAGGUGCGUGUUUGGUCUCGCUCGGAUCAAUUCGAGUUGCAGUGGACGUUUGAUUUCUGAUGCCGGAUUGAUCUCCUCCUCCCAGGUCUGCGUAGUCUGUACCGCAUGCGCAUCCUGCAUCGCGAUGUCUCAUCCGGAAACAUCAUGGUUGGACCGGAUGGAGAGGGUGUAUUGAUCGAUUAUGAUCUCGCCGUGCUCAUGGACGGGCCCUUUGGCGAUGCAGCACGUCUGGAACGAGUUGUGAGGUCACCUUCUCGUCCUGUAGCCUUUCAGCGCUACACCGCUGACCAGAGCCUCUUUCAAUUAUCGCGCACAGGGCACCUUCGCAUUCCGAGCACGGCAUCUUAUGGAAUUUUGCGGCAGUCUCCUGCAUCAACCAUGGCACGACAUCGAGUCGCUCGUUUACGUCAUCCUUCUCGUCGUUUUCUUGCAACCCACGGGACCAGAAAGCUGGGGCAGGAUGUCGGAAGAAGCCGCGACGGUGUGGAAGAAUUGGAACUGGGACGAAUAUGCCUACGAUACCAAAUGGGUACUUCUCCAACGGCAGUCAAACCGGAGGGAGCUGCUGAAGCCAUAUUUGGGUUUCUGGGAAGGCCUUCCCGACCUCAUCGCUAUUGUGGCGAAAUACUGCGGACUCAACUUGUCAGCUUACAUGUACGGCAGUGUCGAAGCAGAAGAAUACCUCAAGAGCGAAUGGGGUUCAGGUGAGCUCUCGCAUGAUCAGCUUGUUGCGGAUUUGGAGAAAUUGCUUGAGGAGAUUGUGCAGACGAGACGGAAAAGGGCGUCGGUUUCGCCUGUCAUUGUGUAG